AUGGCGACGAGAGCCGGGGGGGAGUUGUUCGAAGAUCUGCUGCCGGUGAUGGCCGACAAGUUGGGCGGGGAAGGUCUGAUCCGGGAGCUCUGCAAUGGGUUCCAGCUGCUGAUGGAUAAAGAGAGAGGGGUGAUUACGACGGAGAGCUUGAGGCGAAACGCCGCCGUUCUGGGUCUCCAGGACUUGUCGGACGGCGAGAUCGCCGGGAUGGUGAGUGAAGGGGACGUGGACGGCGACGGCGCUUUGAAUCAGAUGGAGUUCUGCGUUCUCAUGUUCAGAUUGAGCCCCGAGUUGAUGAGCGAUUCCAGGGCCUGGCUGGAAGAUGCCAUUGAAGAGGAGUUCAGAGACGACGACGCUGCUGGAUUCUGA